GAAAAGCGGAGAUGAGAGGGCAUUUUGCUGGGUAUUUUUUCUCUGCCGUCGGAGGCAGAAAGGGGGAAGGCACUCACGCCGCCUCCUUUUGACACCGCCCCACGCGUAUGCCGGGCCGAUGGUCAAUCUCCCCCUCCAAGCAAUUGUGUAUCUGUCUUCUUUUCGAGUUGCUUUGGAGGUAGUUAGGUAAGCAUAGUGGUGUUCUCCCCAUUGCAGUAGCCGCUAGAGCACGGCGGAACCACUAUUACCGGCAGAGAUGAAAGGAGGAGGAGCAUGGUGGAGGUGGGCAAUGGUGGCGCUGAUAGAUGAGGAGGAGGCCACCACGCAACUCUGCUUCGCCUUCCCUAUGAUACUGACCAAUGUCUCCUACUAUGCCAUCACCCUCGUCUCCGUUAACUCCUGGGGCGCAAUCACCGGAUCUCCACCUCGCCGGCCAUCUGGCCGAUCUCCACCUCACCAGCGGCACCCUUGCCACCUCGUCGGCGCCACCCUUGCCAUGUCUAGCUCUGGGCCACCAGAUCUAGCUACUCAUCCGGAUGAUAUUUAUCUAUUCUUCUUGGUCAUGAGGAGUCGACUAGUGUAUGACCAGCUCAUCGAUCCACCUGAGGCCACCCCCCCACCCCGGGGCCAAGGUUGAUGCUGUCAGGAGGGAGUUCCAGUCGCUAGUCCUCACUGCACGUAGUGCUG